CAGCCGGCUGAGGGGGCCUGACGUCAGAGAGGCGCGCCGCUGCUCACGGUCACUCUUCUGUUAAGUGGAACUGCCCAGAAAUAGUGCGGGGGAAAAGACCCACUGAAGUUUUCGCCGGGGCUUUGCAGCUGUCUGUCUUGUCGGAUAUUUGCUGGCUCAAGUUCUUGUGCCAAGGUAAAGACCGAAAGUUCGCUUUUACCGGAGUUGUGCCCCCUUGUUUACAGGCAGAGCAUCCUAGCCUGCUGAGCCACACCCAUCAGGCCCGGCAGCAGGGCACUCCGGCUCCUUCAUCCCGCUUGCCCUCCAUCUCAGCUGAUUAAAGGUAGCUGAGACCCCAUAACCCCAGCCAUGUCCGGCUCCUACGAUGACUCCAUGAUCGACGUCUCCAGUGACAGCUUCUGGGAGGUGGGGAAUUACAAACGCACGGUGAAGCGCGUGGACGAUGGGCAACGCUUGUGCAAUGAGCUGAUGAACUGCAUCCAUGAGCGUGCACGCAUCGAGAAGGCGUAUGCCAUGCAGCUCACCGAGUGGGGCAAGCGAUGGCGGCAGCUCAUCGAGAAAGGUCCCCAGUAUGGAACACUGGAGCGAGCCUGGACUGCCGUGAUGACCGAAGCGGAGAAGGUGAGCGAUCUGCACAUGGAGGUGAAGACGUCGCUGAUGAGCGAGGACUUUGAGAAGAUCAAAAACUGGCAGAAAGAGGCCUAUCAUAAGCAGAUGAUUGGUGGCUUCAAGGAGACAAAAGAGGCAGAGGAUGGCUUCCGCAAAGCCCAGAAACCCUGGGCCAAGAAGCUCAAAGAGGUGGAUAUAAUGAAGAAGGCAUAUCACUCAGCCUGCAAGGAGGAGAAGCUGGCCACUAGCAGGGAGAACAACAGCAAGCUGGAGAACAACAACCCAGAUGCUCAGAAGAAGCUGCAGGACAAGGUGGAAAAAUGCCAGCAGGAAGUGCAGAAGAUGAAAGAGCGGUAUGAGAAGUCUCUGGAGGAGCUGGACAAGAGCACACCCCAGUACAUGGAGAACAUGGAGCAGGUGUUUGAGCAGUGGCAGCAGUUUGAGGACAAGCGGAUUCGCUUCUUCAGGGAAGUCCUGCUGGAAGUGAAGAGUCAUCUGGACCUGUCUGCCAACCCCAAGUUCCAGACAGUUUACCAUACACUAGAGGACACCAUCAAAUCUGCAGACGUGGAAGAGGACUUGAAGUGGUUCCGGUCCAACCAUGGCCCUGGGAUGCCCAUGAACUGGCCACAGUUCGAGAACCUGGGCCAGUCUGUUUCUUCCUCCCGUGUGCGACGGUCCAUAUUAGAAUGGUCCAUAGACCUCAACCGGACCCUCAGUAGGAGAGACAAGAAGAGGCCAUCUGAUGGAGUCACCCUGACAGGGAUAAACCAGGCCAGUGAACCAGCAGCCAAGACUAAUGACAGCCUAACCCUAAGCAGCAGUCCAGAGCAGGGAAGCUCUAACCCGUUUGAGGAGGAAGACGCUGACCAAGAGGCCACGCCAGCCCUCCCUGUUGCUGACGAGGAGGUUAAAACCAAAAUUGUUGCAAAGACCCAGGAUUGGUCAGAUGAUGAUGACAUGGGGAAUCCGUUUGCUGGCAAAACCAACGGUAGCGGGAAUCCCUUUGACGAUGAGCCGACAUCCCCGGCUGUCUCAGUACCUGUCCGUGCGCUGUAUGACUAUGAAGGCCAGGAGCAGGAUGAACUCACUUUCAAAGCAGGUGAUGAAUUUAUAAAAAUUGGGAAUGAAGACGAUCAAGGCUGGUGCAAAGGUCUCCUGAAGGACGGACAUGUGGGACUGUACCCAGCCAACUAUGUUGAAAAUAUCUAGUAGUACCUAGGGUGAGUGGUGUGGGCAGAGGGAACAGAGACCCUGAGCCAGAUUUCUGCCUUCUGCCCCCUAGUGGCCAAAGCAAGAGUGGUGGCUGUUGAGGACUGUGUGGGACAAAAACCAAAGCCAUGCCUUUUUAUCACAAAACCGUUUGGCAAAAGGAGUCAGACAGCGCCUGGAUGCACAUCAAUCUUUUCAGUCAUUAUAAGCAGUUGCAAAACCCUUCAGAUCUUGAUCAGAAACAUGAGCUGUACAGAUGAAUUCAUGUCCAUCAAAAACGUUUGAGCAAUGUUUGGUAAUGUACAUUUUCCUAGGAAGUGACAGUUAAAACCAGUUCAAAUUUUGAAACCUAUGGGAUAUGUAUACCGUGGACAGUCUUUGUGUGUGUGUCUAUGUCUGUGUUUUACCUGUCAUUGAUUAAAUAAAUAAAUUUAUAUACUGUAUAUGCGCGAGAGAGUGGCUCUUCUGGGUUAGUGGGUUUGCUGUAAGUGGGUCGUUCAGGAUCCUCUGCUGAUAGCUCACUUUGUAAUCAGCCAAUGAACUAUCUCUGAACUAAACCCUGGGUGAGACAUGGUGAUUGUAAACUUUAUACUAUUUUCUUUUGUUUCUAUUUUUGAGAUUUCCUAGUUAAUUGUUUCACUGAAAAUGGUCAGCAAAUGUUUAUGUUGAUCAAACCUCAGCACACCAGGUUAGAGAGCCUGUAAUGAGGUUGAUUAUUUAAUGUUGGGUUACGUCUUCCUUCUAUUGUGAAUUUAUGCUGUUCCACUCAUGCUGCACCUGUCUGUGUAUAUUUUUUCACAGGUUUUGCAUGAUCAGUUAUGGUUCAUAGUUUAGUUUCUGCACUGACUAUUAAUUAUUUUUCUUGAUAAAUGUGUAUCAUUCCUGAUUAGUUUCUGGAGCAGUUCUGAAUGUUCAACAAUGGCUCACUCAAAUUUAUUUGAGCAAGCACUGGAAAUUUUGAUGUCCGGCCACAUAAAUUGCUGUUAGUUUGAUGACACAUUUUUAUGACUGUCAAGCCCUCAUUGUCUUAAAUGACUCUAAAGAAAUAAAGUUUGCCUUGUUUUGCAUGUAAAUAAACAUGAACUUAUAAACAAAUUAAAUGAUUUCACAAGCUAUACAAGAAAGAGUUAAUUUAUAGUACUGCUUUAGUGCCGUUGAAGAAAUGCUGUGAUUUUAAGCCGCUUCAGAAUAAUUGAAUGUUUUAUGAAGUUUGAAUUCUGAGACUAUUGUGAAUAUUCUUUUGGACGUCUGUAAACAUCCAUAACAAAGAUCUGCAAUAUUCUUCUGGCUAUUUUGGUCUUUUUACAUAACUGUAAAUGCUUAGUACUUGUAAAUGAUUUGAUCAGUGAUCAUUUCAAUGUAAAAUCCCGAUUGUACUUUGUAUUUUUAACUUCAAAGUAUGUUAAUCCUUUUCUUUUUGUAUGGCCUGAUGUUCUUAGUUUGGAAAAAAUGCAGUCGAUGCCGACGUUGAUAGUCGCUUUUUCGAAGACCAGGCCGGCAUAUAGCGACCGACCGCGAAAUGUAUAUUGGGUAGUAUGUGUCAGGCAGAUCUUUGAGGAUAUUACAAAUUAUUCUUGCACAGUUGUUUGUAAGUGGUAUCCCCUCUCAAAAACACCAAUAAAAUAUUGUAUUAAAUAUAA